CGGGCCGCCCCCGCCCCGCUCCGCCCCGGGCCGCGGCGAUGGAGGUCCAGCUGGGGCCGGGCCGGGUGCACCCCCGCCCCCCGGCCAAGACCUUCCGGGCUUUCCAGAACCUCUUCCAGAGCGUGCGCGAAGCGAGCCAGAGCCCGGGCGUCCCGGGCGUCCGGGGCCCCGCCGCCGGCCCCCGGCCUCCGCCGCCGCCGCCUUCGGCCGGUCCCGUCCAGCCCCCGCCGGAGCGGGCGGAGGGCUCCCCGGCCGGCUACCCGUCGCCGGACGACGACGCCGGGCGGCGGCGGCGGCGGCGGCGACGACGACGACGACGACGACGAGGAGCGACGGGGGCGGCGACGGCGGGCGACGGUCCCCCGGCGGGCGAGGGUCCCCCGGGGCCCCCCGGCCCUCCGGGCGGCCGUGACUCAGCCGGCCUCCUCCCGGCCGAGCCGGGCCCGCUGCGGCACCUGGCGAGCGGCUCCCCGGCGCGGGAGGCCCCCGGGCCCGAGGAGCCGGCCUUCCCGCCCGCCGGCCUCUCGGACAGCGCCAAGGAGCUGAGCAGGGCCGUGUCGGCCAGCAUGGGCCUGGGCGUGGAGGCGCUGGACCACCCGAGCCCGGGCGAGCAGCCGCGGGGCGACUGCAUGUACGCCGCCCUGCUGGGCUCGCCCCCCGCCCGCCCGCCGCCCGACGACCACCCCGCCGCCUUCAGGGCCGGCCCGGCCAGGGGCCCGGCGGACCCGGACCCGCCCCUGGCCCUCUUCAAGGCCGGCGCGCCGGACGACGGGGUGGCCCCGGCCGGGCGCGACUACUACAACUUCCAGCUGGCCCUGGGCGGGGCGGCCCCGCCGGCCCCCGCGCCCCCGGCGCCCCGCAUCAAGCUGGAGACCCCGCUGGACUACGGCAGCGCCUGGGCCGCCCAGUGCCGCUACGGGGACCCGGCCGGGCCGGCGGCCGGGCCCGCCUCGCCCGCCGCGCCCUCGCCCUGGCACACGCUCUUCGCCGCCGACGAGGCGCAGCUGUACGGGCCGCCGGGGGCCGGGGGCCGAGCCGGGCCCGGGCCUUACGCCUACCCGCGGCCGGCCCCCGGCCCGCCCGGGCCCGGGGACUUCGCCGCGCCGGACCUGUGGUACCCGGGGGGCGUCGUGGGCCGGGUGCCCUACCCCGCCGCCGCCGCCGCCGCCGCCGCCGCCGCUGCCGCCGCCGCCGCCGCCGCCGGCUGCGUCAAGAGCGAGCUGGGGCCCUGGAUGGAGGGCUACCCCGGACCCUACGGCGACAUCAGGCUGGAGGCGGCACGAGAGCACGUGCUGCCCAUCGAUUACUACUUCCCGCCUCAGAAGACCUGCCUCAUCUGUGGAGACGAGGCCUCUGGCUGCCACUACGGCGCCCUGACCUGCGGCAGCUGCAAGGUCUUCUUCAAGAGGGCGGCCGAAGGGAAGCAGAAGUACCUGUGUGCCAGCCGCAACGAUUGCACCAUCGACAAGUUCCGCAGGAAGAACUGCCCGUCCUGCCGUCUGCGCAAGUGUUACGAGGCCGGGAUGACCCUGGGAGCCCGCAAGCUGAAGAAGUUGGGCAGCCUGAAGCUGCAGGAGGAGGGCGAGGCGGCGGGCGGCAGCGGCGGGGGCGGGGGCGGCUGCCCCCCGGAGGAGCCGGGCCCCCAGCUGGGCCUGGCCCACGUGGACAGCUACGAGUGCCAGCCCAUCUUCCUCAACGUCCUGGAGGCCAUCGAGCCCGGCGUGGUCUGCGCCGGCCACGACAACAACCAGCCCGACUCCUUCGCCGUCCUGCUGACCAGCCUCAACGAACUGGGAGAGCGGCAGCUCGUCCACGUCGUCAAGUGGGCCAAGGCCCUGCCCGGCUUCCGGAACCUGCACGUGGACGACCAGAUGUCGGUGAUCCAGUACUCUUGGAUGGGGCUCAUGGUGUUUGCCAUGGGCUGGCGCUCCUUCACCAACGUCAACUCCCGCAUGCUCUACUUCGCCCCCGACCUCGUGUUCAAUGAGUACCGCAUGCAUAAGUCCCGGAUGUACAGCCAAUGCGUACGCAUGCGACACCUGUCUCAGGAGUUCGGAUGGCUGCAGAUCACCCCGCAGGAGUUCCUGUGCAUGAAGGCGCUGCUGCUCUUCAGCAUCAUUCCCGUGGACGGCCUGAAGAAUCAGAAGUUCUUUGACGAACUCCGGAUGAACUACAUAAAGGAACUCGAUCGUAUUAUCGCCUGCAAGAGAAAGAAUCCCACGUCCUGCUCCAGGCGCUUCUACCAACUCACCAAACUGCUGGACUCCGUGCAGCCGAUCGCCCGGGAGCUGCACCAGUUCACGUUCGACCUGCUCAUCAAGAGUCACAUGGUCAGCGUGGACUUCCCAGAAAUGAUGGCCGAGAUCAUCUCUGUGCAAGUGCCCAAGAUCCUGUCCGGGAAAGUCAAGCCCAUCUACUUCCACGCGCAGUGAGGACCCCGCCACCCCCCACCCCUCCCGGCCCCUCCCCGCCCGGCCCGGCCUCGCCCUGCCCGGCCCCGGUGCUCCCCUCUUCCCGGGCCGGGACACCGGUGCCAGCCCAGAGUUGUGUCCUAGUCCUUCCUGUUGGCUCCCCCUUCCCCACCCUCAACCUCCCCCUCCCUUCCCUCCCCCUCCACCCCCCGCCCCCUUCCUCCGCCUUUUCUUCUGCCCCUACUCCCUCCAGCUUGUGCGCCCGCUGCAGUCCCCACCCCCGGCAGUCCCCCUGAUGGGCAGACACCCAGCACCCCCUGCCCCUGGAUCCCCCGCCGGGUGGUCCGGACCCGUCCGCCCUCGGGCCGCUGGAACCCGGGACACAUCUGGAGCCCCCGCCUCACCCAUGGUGCUCCUGGAGUACCCCCACCCCCGCCCCAGACUUCUCCCUGGAAUUGCCUGCCCCGCUUCCCCAGCCCCGCCCUGAAUCCCCCAGCCUCUGCCUCCUCUUCUCUCCCUUCCCCCUCCCCCUCCCCCUCCCUUCCCAACCCACCUCCUCCCGGCUCCCUGUUGGGAACCCCCAGUCUCACCCCCCAAACCCCACCCGCCCUCUAUGCAAUCCGACCCAUGCCCAGCCUGCGCCCCGUCUCCGCCCGCCAGCGACCCGGCGGUCGGGGGGCCUCACGCUGCCAGAGAUCAGAGCCGUCAGAGCGGAGCCAACCCCCCGCAGAGGGGAGACUGACCUCUCGGGGCACAGGGCCCGGUCAGCCGGGCCGUGGGCACCGUUCACGGCCCCCCACUCACCCCCACCCCCAAACAUCGCCAACCCUUUGCCUCCGGAACGGUCCGGCCAAGAGACUGGAUUGUGCAGGAGUGCAGGCCGCGGAGGACUGCCAGCGGCACGGGAAGCGACUCGGAAGGUUUCUGAGACAAUUGUUCACUCCUGGCAGGGGUCGGAGGUCAGGGGUCGUCUAUCUGCGGGAGGCGCCGGGAUCGGGGAGCCCGUGGGGGUGGAGUUGGGGGCGUCUGGGUGCUUCCCGCCGGGCAAGGACCGGCCCCCAAGCCUCCCGCCACCAUCGUCGCCGAUCUCCUGCCCAGCCUCGCGAUGGGGAGGGGACACACCCGGGGCCGGGGGGCGCCCCGAGGUGGGGCCGGGGAACCCCACUGCCCUCCCCCGGCUGCAGUUUAAGUGGAGGGGGAUCCGGGUCCAGGGCCCACCGGGCCGGGCCGGGCGGGAGUGGGCGGCCCCCUCUGGGGACGCUGUCCGGCGGGAAUCUGUCCGCCGCCCCGCUUCCUCCCGCCGCCACCUUCUUGUACAUAGUGUAAAUUGUCUCUGGCCUCAGCCGGGUGCCCGCCUCCUCCUCCCGCUGUGGCGCCGGGGCUCCGCUGGCCACAGCGGUCAGAUCGGGGCCGCGCCGCCGCGGCGUGAGCCCCCCCGUCCUGGGGCGGGAUGACCCCUCUCUCCACGGCGUCCGGCCGGUAUGUGGGAAGGAACCCCCCCCCCCGGGCAGGCAUCGGCGCGGAGCGGGGACGGCGGGCCAGGCUCCCGGCCGCACGACCAGAGGCUGACGCGGCCCGGCCCAGACCGGCCCGCCGGCCCCCUCUCCUGCGACCGAAAGCGCCGUAGGGUCGGCCGGCCUCGCCAUCCCGGCCCACCCUCCGGCUGCGGUCAGAGAAGCCACCGGCUGCGAAGAUGUCCAGAGUGCUGCUGACCCCUUGCAGUCCCCAUUGUUUUCACGUGCCCACACACACACAGACACACACACACACACACAUAUAUACCCACACGUUUAUUUUUUUUUCUACUUGUAUUUAGAAACAGGGGCCUCCCCCUGCCCCUGGGAACACGGACGCCUUCCGAAGUUCCCAUGACGCCCCCCGGGGCUCCCCCGUCUCCCCAAACAACUUGAGUGGGGGAGUGGUGCUGGGGGGGUUGAGGGGGAGUCACCUACUUGAUGCCCUGCCCGGCCCCGGGAUACUGGAGGACGGGGCUGGCCAGCCCGCCCCCCGCCCCCCCCGGGAGUCUAGCCCCCGGCCGCCCCCGGGGGUCCGGAAGCCCGUGGCAGCAUCCAGGCGGGCUUCUCGGUCAAGAACACCCGCCCCCCGACCCCGGCCUCCGCUCCCCUAACUGGCGCCUGCUUUCUGACUUCCCCCCCUCCCCCCUGCUCCCCAGAAAAUAUUAGAAUAGAUGUGCAUUUCAUGUAACCAAAGAUACCGCUGUAUUUGCUAAGAUACCAAAACCGAGGUGGGGAUGGGGGGGUUUUCCUCUCGGAAGUUCCCCGCUCAAGCCGCUUGGCUGGGGUCUCGGGUCAGAUUUUUUCGGUCCCGGUAGACAUAGAUGCGCUCGUGGGUAGACUGUAAUUGGGGAAGACAGAUUUCCAAGUCCUUCGCUGCGUGAUUUCUAGCACAAUUUGCUUGUUUUUUUCCUCUCCAGUAGUGGCUGAGCAAGGGACCAAAAGGGCCAGGGACACGGAGGGAUGGGGAGCGUCUCCGGGCCCGUGUUCCGGGGUUCUGCCCUGGGAGGGUUGAUGUCGGUCAGUGGGUUGAAGCCUUAGGGCGGCCCCCUUGGCCCACACAGAGUGCGUCGUCGGCCGCCCGGGGCAGGGGGCCGAUCCGAACCUGGACAAGGGCGGGCCCGGGACUCCGUCUCAGCGGAGACUUUUGUGCAGGGCGAUGGACGGGCGGCGUUUUGCCGCCCGUGGGACCGGGGUGUAGAAUCGAGAGCUCCCGGGCCCCGCACCACUCCGUCCCCGGGUCUCCGAGGUCCUCCCCGGAGCCGGGGGCGGGGGGGUGGGAUGAUCUCGGCCCCCAGGACCCCCUGGGAAACCCAAUCCGCUCGAUCUGCUCUCGCUGCUGGGUGGGUGCUGCUCCGGGAGAUUUCCGGGCUCCCCCGGCCGGCCCGACGACCCCCGUCCCUCGAGGGCGCUUCCCGGGCCCGGGACCGAGGCGGGGGUCCGGACCCCUCCACGAGACCCCUUCCACACGGGUUUGGGGGGGGGGAGAGGAAGAAGGCAGGACCCUUUCCCAGCAGCCUCAUCGAUCGACGCACGUGCGGCCCGAACCGGUCACCCCCGGGCCCGGGGAAGGAAGGAGGCGCCGAGCCUUCUGCGCCCUCCAUUUGGCAGUCCGGGAAAUUCCCUGACUUCGGAGCCCCCUGGGGGGACGGGGGCGCGUCCCUGCAGAAACGACCCCAAACCGCCGCCCCGUCGCCAUCCCCCCACUCCCCGCUUCUCGUCCAGGGUCGGGGUCCCAAGCCCCCCGCCGCUGGGCCUGUCUGCGCGCCCGUGCUCGGUCCCGUUUUGUAACCUUUGACUCUCUCGUUGCUCUGAAACGACAAUAAAGGCAGAAACUUUGUUGGUUGGAA